AUGAACUCGGGAUUCUGGAACGUGCCAAUAGCGGAGGAGAGCAAGCACCUCACCGCGUUCAUCACACCGUUUGAGCUGUUCGAGUUCAACGUCAUCCCCUUUGGGAUUAACAACUCGCCGGCGGAGUUCCAGCGCGCGAUGGACAUGGUGUUCGAGGAGGUGCUAGACGAUCGCACUCUGUGUUACAUUGAUGAUAUCAUCAUCGCGACGGACACGGUGCCGGAGAUGAUGCAGCGGCUGGAGAAGGUCUUGCGACUGUGCAGAGAGAGAGGCUUCCAUCUCAGGCUAGAUAAGAGCGAGUGGCUCAAGCCCGAAGUAAAGUCACAAGAUUGGGCGGCAAGGGAUAGCGUGCCAGGAGAGGAAGAUAGGUAA